AUGUCUGCUCAUAGAGAAUAUGCUGAACUAGAGAGAACAAGUGGGUUUUCAGAUCAUUUCAUCUCGCCCAGCUGCACUUUUCCAAGGUUUCACUUCUACCGGGUGGCCAGUAUCCAUCAGACAUCAGGUGGUGCUGUCCGAAUAGAAGCAGAAGAUGGAACGCGUUUGCUGGUGCAGGAUGACAGGAUCUUGUUCGAGCGCCCCUGGCUUCCUAAGGAAGCUGCAUCAACUUCGAGCACAGGUGCAGAGCCGAGCCUCGUGUGGCGAAGGCUUGAGCGUCCCCACGGGUGUCUUGAAGAUCAUACGCCCGUUGACUGCAGCAUAGCUGGCAACUUGCCUGUACCAGGCCAGCCUCUUUGGGCAGACUUCGAGCUGGCUGAAAACAAUGGAGCUGAGGUUACACAGGCCUGGGGUGUCAUGGAGGCGUCCAAAGACCAAGGUCCGGAAACGGGGGGCACAUGGGAGAGGAAAUCGAGAUUCUCUGAAGCAGAUCUCGAGAGGGCCUGCAAUCCAGGUAGCUACCUGAAGGCCGUUUCUCUGGUGAAGCAGGGGGCUGUGAAGAUCACAGGAGGGGCCGGUGGUGCCGAAGCGCAAGUCCAAAGCGAGCGAGGCACCGGGCACUACACCGUGCGUCUGGGCCGCUGCGGAGUUUCAGUGAAUGCAAAGUGCAGCUGCGUGGAUUCGCGGACACGCCCUGGUCUCUGCAAACACGCUGCCGCGUUGGCGCUGGUUUUCCUGCAGAAUGGCCAUGAGUUGCCUCAGCUGCUGCUGGCCCCAAGCCACACAUCUCGGGCAAAGCCAAGGCCACCUGCCAUGCCUAGAAAACGCGAACCAUCGCCUGGGCUGGAGGUGGAAGAGGUGGAGGAAGCUCCUGCUUUGAAGAGGCCGUGCUUUCCCAAGCCCAAGGCAGCUCCAGGGCCCUCCAGUGCCGUGGGAUCCGGUUGGGCAAGAGGCUUCCUGUUGCGGAGGCUGAAUGCAUCUGCUCUUGCAGGCGACUCUGAAACUUUUUCCAAUGAUAUCCAACGCCUGGAGAAUCUGGGCGAAAAGGAAGCGAGCACAUUGUUGCACAAGGCCAUUGUUGGCAAUGACGCUGCGGGUGCUGGAGAAAUCGUCACAACCCUGCUGGACCGUCCAGAGGGGCGUGCUGUCGCAGUCACAGGCACCUUCGACGAGCUGCGGCGCACUCCACUACACGCAGCAGUUGCAGCGGAUAGGCUUGGCAUCUGCCGGGCGCUCUUGGAGGCCCGGGCCAAUGUGGCCAUGGCCAACGGCAAUGGCUUGACGCCCUUGGAUCUCGCGCGCCGGCGGAAGGUGGACACAUCCAAAGGUGAUUGGCGCCAGCGCGAGGAUCAGUUUCUAAUUCUACUACAAGAAGCCAUGGAGAGACGAACGUGA